AUGUCCUCCUCCUCCUCUUUAAAAGAUGAUGAGGACUUUGAAAAUUCAAAAUCGAUUGGAAAAAUGGGAAAGUGGCAACGCUUUUGGUCGUCGUCGGCGUCGCUCUCCUCCUCCUCGAAAGUCAUUUUCAACCCGCAUUUAAUGUGCCGCGAUUCUCUGAACGAAGUUCUGGAGAAAACAAAACACCUGCGCGCGUUGAUGCGUUUGUGUUUGCACGAAGACAAAGAAGAGAAAAAGUCAACACCAAAUUCGAAGAAAACGAAAUUGCGCUCGCGGAUGCUCUUGUUCGCGCUCUUGGAACUUUCGACGCAAAAAGCGAGCACGGAGACGUUCAAGAAAUCGAGCCAAGCGUGGACGUCGAUCGCAGUUGGGAGACACGCGGACGCGAUACGACCUAUUUUAGAACAUUUUUUAUAUUUUGGUCUUUUGUCGAGACCGCUGGCGACUUCGGCCGGGUACGUGAAAGUCGACGUGGAGCGAAGGUUGGUGGAGCGCGCUACGGAGGCGACGGCGAGGAAGUUGUUCGAACGGAGGAGGUUGUUAGAUUUAGAGUCUAUUUUGGACGACGACGACGACGAUUGCGGGAAAGUAAAGAGGAGUAAUAAUAAUAAUAAUAAUAAUAAUAACGCGGAGAGCGAUGUGACGAUGAUGCUCUUGAGAGUAUUGAUGGAAGCGGAAGAUAUCGUGGCGUUUGGGAUACCAAUGGCGUGCGAACGCGCGUGUUAUGCUGGUUUUGGAUUGAUUGAGUCGAUGUUAGCUUUGGCGUACCAUGGGAGAGUCUUGAACAUGCAUUUUGGCAGAGAGAAGUGUUUGAUGGCGCUGGCAUUCGCGUUUGCCACCGCGAGGGUGAAGAAGAGAAGUGAGAAAAUGCGAGGGAAAAGGAGCGAAGGAGGCGGAGGAGGAGAAUUCGUCGCGAAGAAGGCGAGGGAAACCGUUGCGGUGGCGUUGAGAGAUGCGAGGGCCCUGAGUGCACCGUACGCGUUAGAAGAAGACGGGUUUGAUGAUGGAUUAUCUUUGGUAUCCUCUUCCUCCUCCUCUGUCUCCUCGUCUCGGGCGAAACUGAACGCGACGUCCCUGGCGCUCUUCCCAAACGUCAAAAAUGCACUCGAGCUCGUCAAGCGGCGCUGCGUGGAUACGUAUUUCUCUGGAUCAAAAUCUAUCGCGCUCGGUGCUUUCAUCAACAAUUGGACUAUUAUUGCGAGCGUCCUAUUGACUGCUAAAUCUGAGAAACCGUUUGGUAUUGGUCAAGCUUGCGUUGCUGCGAUUACAUCCACCCACAACGCCUUCGUGAAGCUCGAAGAACUAUUCUUCUCGAGCGCGGAUGGCGAAGGAAGAUUUGGAUCGGUCGUUUUAGAUGCCGCGGAGACACAUUGCGCGAACGUAUUAAAGCUUCAAGCGGUCGUUGAAGCGCGAGAUGUGCACAAAUUCACUCACGGCGACAUCGUGUAUCGGCGAGAGGAUGAUGGCGAAAUCAACUGGGCGCAAAAACCAAUCUUGGAGUGUGAAAAGUUGACGUUGUACGAAGACGCGUCGUACGUAAGCGCGAAUAGUGUAAAAACAAGAGCAAGACCAUUGGUAGAAUCCUUAGAUUUCGAACUCAACGCUGGAGAGUUGUGUUGCAUAUCUGGACCACCGGGUUGUGGCAAAACAACUUUGCUGCGAGCGUUUUGUGGAUUGCAUUCCGCUGGCACUGGUUCCAUCGUUUCUCGAUUUAAUACUGGUAUUUGCUCCAACGGGCUGUUUACGGAUGACUUUUCGUACGAUCGUGAAGGAUAUCCUAGCACAGAAUACGUCGAGAUCGAUACGGAAAAGGAGAGCAGGGAUGGUAGCACUGCCGGUGCAAAGAUGAUCCGCGAUGGAGACGACACCACGUUCUCUCUACUCUUGAAAAGAAGACAAAAUAUUGCAGUGGUGCCAAAAUACCCGAAUUUCCCCAGGGAUGGCGAAACGCUACUUGGCAACGAUGUUUCCGUUAACACUCCAGAUGAUGAAUUGUUUGUCUUUCCAAUUCUUGAGCGACUUGGGCUCGGGCGUUUUUGUUCAAGUGAGGCAAUCCAAGAAUGCCGAGUGACGGGUUGGAACAAUGUGCUCACUAGAAGCGAACGCGUCGCGGUUGCGGUGGCCAGAGCGGUGGCCAGAGAAGCGACGUUGGUUAUCGUGAGAGACAAUUUGAGUCAAAUGGAAUCGAGCGCGUUGCGAGCUGAAGCGUAUGAGUUGCUUCGAGAUGCCAACUGCGCGGUGGUCGCGACAUCGUCAACACUUUUGGAGGAAAAGAACAAAAAGAAUAAGAGCGACGAGGAAUUCAAUGAGUUUGAAUUUGUCGUAAGUUUGUCAGCCGGAGAUAAAAAGGAGUGGAAAUUGAACGUGGAUAAAGGAUAUCUUUCACACUCGGCAAAAAAGAAAGCGCGUCCUACGGAGGACGGGCGUUUGAAUGAGGACGAGAAUAGUGCCAUUUUGAAUUCAGCCGGUCGAGCAAGACGGGCGCCUUUUGAUGCACUUCAGCGCAAGUUUGCGAAAAAAGAAACAGAGGAAGAUUCAAACAUCAAGCGAAAACUCGCGUUGUAA